UUUAGACAUCAAAUACUUUACCAUGGCUUCUCAAAAACUCUUCUCCCUUUUGUUUUCUUUGGCCAUUAUCCAAAUGGCAUUCGCUAGUGAUCCAGACAUCACCUCAGACUUUAUUGUUCCAUCAAACGUAACCCAAGUUGAUGGAAACUUUUUCACAUUCACCGGCAUGCGCGCUCUUGUCGGUGCACCACCACCAGAAACUUUUAAGGUCACCAAAGCGAGCAUGGCCGAAUUCCCAGCUCUCAAUGGACAAAGUGUUUCAUAUGCUGUCCUUCAAUUCCCUGCCGGCACCACUAACCCUCCUCACACCCACCCUCGCUCUGCUGAACUCCUUUUCCUCGUCAAGGGUUCUCUUAAUGUUGGUUUCGUUGACACAACCAACAAGCUUUUCGUUCAGACGCUACAAACGGGCGAUCUGUUCGUAUUCCCUAAGGGACUUGUUCACUUCCAGUACAAUCCUGAUGAAAAGGCAACUGCUACAGCAAUUUCUGCCUUUGGGAGUGCAAAUGCAGGAACUGUAUCUCUUCCCAACACUCUAUUCACCACAGGCAUUGAUGAUACGAUCUUGGCGAAGGCUUUCAAGACUGAUGUUGCUACCAUUCAAGCUCUCAAGGCCGGUCUUGCACCCAAGCCAUGAAGAAAAAUUUAGUACCUGCGGUAACUUGUUUGAGUGAUGUAUUAGUUUCAUUUAAUAAUAUUUGUCUUUUGGAUUGUGAACUGAAUAACCCUUCAGAGAGGAAAUAAUUUCUUCCUUAUCUGAAGACCACUCUAUUUCCUAGCAAUGCAAUGUUGUUUCUCAUCAUCUUCGGUUAAGUAUAUGCAAUCAUGCACUUCUGUUGACGCGGU